CCUCCCACUUCAUUCUUUUGCUUUCUUUUCCGCUCCAUCCCUCUUCGAUCUCUCCCAAGUCCCGAAGAAGAAGCAGAGACGAGUUCGGGAACUGCAUAAAGGUCGAAGGAGAGAGAGAGGGAGACGACAAAGUUGGGUGCGACAGCGGUCAGUGGGCGCCUCGAGGCCUGGUAUCGGCAGCAGCUGCACUCGCGCGGGUGGAGAUCGAAGGUGGGAAAACAAAGGUAGGCCGAGGAAGGAGGAGGCGAGAAAGAGGUCAUCAUGGUGGAGGAGGAGAACGGAGGAGUAGACCCGCGGUUGCAGGCCAUCAAGGCUGCCAUCCGUGUGGUUCCCCACUUCCCCAAGCCAGGGAUCAUGUUCAAUGAUAUCACGACCUUGCUGCUGCGGCCCAAGGUGUUCAAGGAUGCCGUGGAGAUCUUCGUUGAUCGCUACAGGGACAUGAACAUCUCCGCAGUUGCUGGAGUUGAAGCUAGAGGAUUCAUAUUUGGCACCCCACUUGCUUUAGCGCUUGGCGCAAAGUUUGUACCAUUGCGUAAACCUAAGAAGUUGCCAGGUGAGGUUAUUUCAGAAUCAUAUGUGUUGGAAUAUGGCACUGACUCUUUGGAAAUGCACCUUGGUUCUGUUAACCGAGGGGAGCGUGUAAUUGUUAUUGAUGAUUUGGUUGCUACUGGGGGGACUCUAUGUGCUGCAAUAAAACUUCUAGAACGUGUUGGAGCUGAUGUGAUUGAAUGCGCAUGUCUGAUUGGGUUACCAAAAUUUAAGGGUGGUUGCUGGCUACAUGGUAAACCGGUGUAUGUAGUUGUUGAUUGCCGACAAUAAAAUGCCAUCCAGAUUUCAAGACAGAGGGCAUGCGGGCCUUGGUUCAAUGGAAGAUGUCAGUCGGGAGACAUUUACAUACAAGCUUGUAAUCCAAGGCUGCAAGGGAGAUAAAAUCAUUACAGGCAAGCAGCCGAGGUUUGAUGGAGCAUGGUAAGACUAGUUGUAGGUCGCUUUCUAGAUUCAGUAGUCGGAUUCUCUGUGAACACUGUAGAGUUCAGUUAAAGAAAUGAGAUUGAAUACGGGCAUGUUCCGUUUCAAUUGCUA